UGAAUGAACAGGAGGAGGAAAGGGGAGUGGUUGAGUGAAAAGCAGUUAAAGAGAGUGGAAAGGAGCUGCGGUGAGGGGAAAUCGGCGGAAGUUUUCCGUCCCGCCUGCCCUCUUCCUGCUCCAGAACCCGUCCAGUACCACACACCAUGGCCGGAGAGGAGACGCAAGGAGCGGGCGAUCAGGAUGGCGGGAUUCUCGGCCGCUUCAAAGCCUAUGCCUGCAGCAGGAAAGGAACCAUCUUGUUGGCGGAGAUGGUAAUCAGCUUGAUCAUCUUCAUCUGCUUCUGUGCCUCAGUUUCAGUUGGGUACACGACCGCUCCCCUCGUCGAGUUCUUCUUAAGCUUGGCUAUCUUCAUCAUCUUCAUGAACGGCUACGACAAGUCACUCUCCUUCAUCCACUGGCCCUGCACGGACUUCAUCCGGUGCGGCAUCGCCGUGAUCAUCUACAUAAUUAUUGGGAUAAUUGGAGUUAUCAAUGGGUAUGGAGCCACGAUCACUGCCGGGGUUCUCUCCCUGAUAGCUGCUGCCAUCUUUGCCUACGACGGUUACAUAGCCUUCCAGAUGUUGAAUUUGAAACGACACACUCCUGCGCCCACAGAACCCUCCGAUAACUCGCCGUAACCCCGCAGGAGGAGGAGGACGAGGAGGAGGAGGGAUGGAGGAAUCCUGGAACAGGAGCUCCGGACUCUUGGCUCCAGAACCCAGCACUGCCAGACAUAACGACUCAGGAACACGUCCCGAUCUCACAUGUCUUAAUUCUGCCCCCUCCCCCCGCCAUUGCAUCCAAUGCCAAUGAAGGCACGCUAGCACGAAACCGCGUUCGCCAUCCUACCCAUUGUCUGACCUAAUUCCUAGAACCAUGAACCCUCUCUGUUCGUUUUAAAAAAAACCAUUUAGCGCACCCUGCCAGUUACUGUAUCUGUGGCCUUAUCUGACUUUCCGGACGACCUCACCCUCGUCCGGAAUAAAUGCAAUCUGCCAAUGAUCCACCCACCUGAUCAAUAUCGUUGCUGUAAUCUUGGACGAUGACUCUGGCAAAUCACCGACUUAUUCGAGGCCCCUCUUACUUUGUCAAUCCAAGUCUGACAAGCGCAAGGGUCCCGGCACCCAGCCGCAGUUGUGCUUACUGCACCGAUCCCAGAGUUCCGGUCGGAAAAGCAGCCCCUCCCCCCUCCCCCUCACUCCUUUCCCCAGCUCUGCAUUGAAUUCACCAGCUCGCCUUGAACCCCCUGUUGCCUCAAUCUUCCGGAUUAGUUUUCCACACAGAGACCUCGUCGAGGGCCGCACUGAAGCAAUUGCCCGGCUCGCCAUCACACCUGGGGCAAUUAUCCCCGCAGGUGGUCGUUGGGAUGAAACAGCAAGCCGGAGCAGUUGGGGGAGGGAACUGCAGAGAACGUGCAAACUCCGUAUACACGCACACAUACAGACAAACAUACCAACAUCAGAUAUUCAGACACACACACAGACAGACGUACACAGACGCAAACAAGCAGACAGACACAAACACAGAUUCAUUGUCGGUUUCUAGGGGAAAUAUCAGAUUAUGUUGGCCCCGGUUUCCGUGGCCUGACUUUGCUCCUGUCAUUACUGACGGCGUGAAUUUGAUAAUCUCGGGCCAAUGUUUGCACAGUAAUGUAUGUUUCCCGAUCUAAUACACUGAUCCUGCUGCAGAA